AUGUCUGCCCCUACUUCCACCACUUCUCCCCCUCCCACUUCUGAGCUUCCCUUUGCAAACCUUCCCUCUUCUCCUGCUCCUGUUCGCAACUCUACCGCUCUGUCCAAGCCCGCCUACGCCUCCGACUCUGACUCCGAUGGUCAGGCUCGAGGUGGCCGCCGCAGCCAGAAGCAGCAGCAAUUCGUUGUUCCUCUGCCCACCUCCACUGGCCUCUCUCAGCCUGCUGGUCAACUCCUCAAGGGUGCCACAGACGAGAACGGUGCUCAGAAGUCCGCUGCCCUCCUCGUGGGUAUCAAGCUCGACCUUGAGGCCGAGGUUCACCUGACUGCCCGCGUCAAGGGUGACAUUGUCGUCGGUCUUUACUAG